AUGAUGCGUCAUUUCGUUGCGUUUACGUUACUGUUAAUCGCUUUGGUAAUCUCAGUCGAGGCGACUAAGUGGGUGCCGGACUAUCUACUUUGCUCCCGUUUCGGUGAUUCUGCGUGCAGAGCGCGUUGCUUGAAACAAUCAAAGUGCGGAAACUGCAAAAUAGUAUUCGAAGAAGAAGUUUUCUCCCCGAAAUGCUUCUGUGAGGAUUGUCGUGAUCAACAGAGGAAGAAACAGCUUCAUUGA